GUUCUGGAGAAUAACGCAGCAGUGUUGCAGCUGGAAGCGGUCGUGCCACAAGGAACCUCCUGGCGUGACUUUCAUGCCUUCGUCAGCAGGUACCAUAAGAGUCAGUUUGAAACUGCUGUGGGCGACCUCGGCAUGCUGCGUGCCGCGUGGGAGUCUGCAGCGGAGGUGUCGUUGCCAUAUGCCGCUUGGCUGUGUAUCGCAGAAGUGCAACUGGAGGAGACUUUCUGGACUUUGUAA